AUGAGGAAAGUCGAGAUUGUCAAUCGUAUUGCCGAUGAAACCGACAUCACCAAGGUGAAAGCCGAAGAGGCCGUGGACGCGAUUCUCGACGAACUGAAGGACAGCCUGUGCCGGGGCGAGUCGGUCGUUCUUCGGCGCUUCGGCACCUUUCAGGUGCGCGAAAAGCACGCGCGUCUCGGGCGGAAUCCCAAAACGGGCGAGGAGGCCGAAAUACCGGCGCGGCGGGUGGUGCGGUUCAAGUCAGGCAAGUUUUUCAAGGACGUCGUCAAUGGCGACGACUAA